AUGUCAUUGGAGGUAGAGGAUCCAAUAGGCAAUUCCACUUGCAACCUCGAUACAGCUAUUUGGUAUUUUAACCAGCCUGACCAUAGCGUUACGCCUCCUAAAGGUCGCAUGGAAUUGGCUGUAACUCGCUGCUUAUUAGAGAAAGAGAUACGUUGCAAUCAAAUACUUCUGCUGGAUGAUUUCUACAGACGUGGUAUGCCCAAUUGGAUGCCUGAGGAUGCUCUAACUGGCAGUGAUAAGCUGCAAUACUACGAGAUGAAAGAAUCAGAGGUUGAACAAGAAAAGGAAUGGCUUCAUCUCUACGCUCAACUCGCUUUGUUGGCCUUUGGAUUUUACCCGGAGCAUGACAGAGAAGAGCCAGUUGAGCUGAGAAAGAUAGUUGUGCAAACCAAAGAAGAUGUGGAGUCGAAGAACAAGGCCAGAGCCAAGAAUGCAUUCUUCUACAUUACCUUCAAGUGCAGUGGUGGUCAAGACUACAAGGCUAUCAUAAGAAGAACAACGGAGCAAUGGCCUGAGCAUAUGGCGCUUGAAGUCGAGUCUUUCAAAGCCCACCAUUAUAUAAAUUAA